GCGGCCGCCGCUUCUUUCACACUUUAGUUGGGAGCCGCGCGCCGCGCUCAGUUGCUGGCGAGCUGGCCGCGCGCCGCCGCCUCCCGCCUGCAAGCACGCGGGCCCGGCUUCGGGGUUUUCGGCUUUUACUCCCCGCCGCAGGGAGGAGGGGGAGCCCCGGACACACAGUGGUUAGGAGGAGGAAGAGGAGGAGGCGGGAGGAAGAAACCAGGCGCAGAGGAAAGGGGCGGGGGGCGGGAGGCUGGCCACCUUCAGCCCCCCCCGCGAGCGCCCAAGGUGCGCACGUCUUGACGGACUCAGCAGGAAGGUUGCUUGUCUUCGUGUUUAAAGAAAAGAAAGAUGUCCCUGUGUCUGUAGAGAUGAUUUGCAGUUCAGCCCGGCUGAAGCUGAGCGAAUGAGACUAUGGGCUGUGCCUCUGCCAAGCAUGUUGCCACUGUUCAAAAUGAAGAGGAAGCCCAGAAAGGGAAGAACUACCAGAACGGAGAUGUGUUUGGCGAUGAGUAUAGGAUCAAACCGGUGGAAGAGGUCAAAUACAUGAAAAACGGGGCAGAAGAGGAGCAGAAAAUAGCAGCCAGGAACCAAGAAAACUUGGAAAAAAGUGCCAGUUCAAAUGCAAGACUUAAAACCAGUAAAGAGAUUCCGGGAUUAGUUCAUCAGCCCAGAGCAAACAUGCACAUCUCUGAGAGCCAACAAGAAUUCUUCAGAAUGCUGGAUGAAAAAAUCGAAAAGGGUCGAGAUUACUGUUCGGAAGAAGAAGAUAUCACAUAGCACCGAUCCAACUCUGAAACCAGGAGCGACUACUGUGUAUAUAGGUGACACCCCAGUUGAAAUCUUUGCAAAGGUCGGUCCUCUCCAAGGAACAGCCCUCUAGCCGAAGAAGAUUGUUCCAUAUCGUAUGUCCCAUUAAACUCCAGUGUUUCCUAAUGAACUUGCAAGGGAAUAUUGCUAAAAAAAAAAACAGGCAAACAAAAGGAAAACUGUUAUCGAACUUUCUUUGUUGCUGCUAGUUAACACUCGUUGCAACUUUUCACUUCUCUCGUGUCCAGGUAUGCAGCCAAACUCUGCAACUCCACCUUAAAGAUACCGUUGGUUUUACGGAGGCUCUCCAACCUAUUUUCUAUGAGAUGAGGUAGUGGUCAACUCAGAUCUGUCAAACUUCUGUUCUAGACCGGUCCGCUUCGAAGCAUCUCCUUCCCUCCCUCCUUCCUCCCCGUCUCUCCCGAGUGGUCCAGAGCCUUGCUUCUCAAGGGCGAGGUGGCGCUUGGGGGAGGGGAUGGUUGCUAUGGCAAGCCUUGUUUCUCUGCUAAGAAGAAGCAGAGAAACUCCUAUCGAUUUAGAAGCAUGUUGUGACCCGACUCCUGGGCGUGACCCGGGCGCCAGCAGCAGGUGGUUUCACGUACUAAGUAUCAGCUCGAGGAUUAAGCUCGCGACCUUGGCUUGGCUCCCAUGCAGACGGAAGUGUGAUCGCAAUCGUUUUGGAUUCCUCUUCCCCACUUUUUUUUUCUAAGAAAAUAAACAUUUUACUGUUUUUAUGUAUCCUUGUCUUCUCCCAUUCCUCCAGUUCAGUGUUUUACUUUGAUCCUGGGCGUGGAAGAGGAGCCCUUCUUUGCAAUGCCAGCGAGAGUGGCUCCCGACCCUUCCUUUGAUGACCCCGCCCCCCGCAUAUUAGCUGGGCAGCCAGUGGUCAGAGGAGAUGAGGGGACAUCCCACGGAGUUAUAGGAGGCCCCCAAACCACCCUGUUACCGUCAUUUUGUUGGCAAAUCAACCCUCCCACUCCCUCAUUCUCUCCCAGGAGCCCCGCCACUUCCUUCUUCCCUCCCUUGCAGCCCUGCCUCGCACGGUGAGAAACAUUCACCUACCCAAAAACGCAGCAAACUGGCUCCGCCCACAGUGUUUGGAGAUGCGCCACCCGGAGCCCCGGGGCAGGCCUGGGGCAUGUCAACUGUGGGUUUGGUAGAGUUUAUUUUUCCAUAUUUUAUGAAGAGCAUGACCUCUUCCCAAAGACAGAAGUAAUAUUUUUAACAAAUGUUGUCACAAAGUCAACAGCCAUCAAAAGGAGAAGAUAACUUUUGUAUUUUUUUAACGCGUUCGAUAGCCUCCACGAGGGUUGUCUUUGUUACUUUCCGGGGAGGGCACCCUGUUCAGUGCUUUGCCAGCAGGCAGUCCAGGUUUGGGCUUGUCCCACCCAAACACAGAAGGCGCCCCCCCACCUGUCUGUUGGCCUUUUGGGGGGUUGUGAGCAUACAGGGCCUCGCCAUCAGCCUCCCUGCCACUCUCUGAAGGGGGCGCUAGUUAGUACAUACCAGGUAGCCAAGAGAUCUCCUGCUGCAGACUAGAAUGAGAAUCUAAAUCUGUUCUUGCUGAGAAGAUGAGCCCUGACUUUAAAAUCCAUCCACAUCACCGACGGCACCAUUGAAGAGCUAAUGGUGAGACUCCUCGUCUCCUUUUAAAAGAGCAGGGUGCGAAAGGAAAAGGAAGGAAACUCACUCAAGAGCGAUAGAAAGCGGACUCAAAUGUUCACAACAAAAGCCCUUCGUUCUUUCAGCCAACAGCAGCUAUUUUGGGGAGCAGCUGUGGCUGUUACAUAAAUAGAGAAACAGCCAAAAUUUGAGGCUUUUCAUCCUGCUUCAAGCAGAAAAACGCAGGGAGAGCUGAGUCGCCUAGGGUUCUAAGCUCCCUCCCUUUGUAUGGUUUUGGCCAAGGAACUAAAAUCAUUUUUCCUGCAAAGCCCCACCUCAGACGCGUCCACUGAGGCCUCGGUUCACUGCCGUGCGGAUGCCCUUGUCCCGGGAUUUCUUGUUCUUACGAAGCAAACGCUCACCGUCUUCCACGUGACCCCUCCACUGUCUCAAGGAGUGUCUUCCCAGAAAAUCACCACCUUCUGUCCGAAGAUGAAAUGUGCUCAUAUCAUUUUCCUGACAGUCCUGUUCAACGUCUUGCUUGCCACAACAUACGUGCCCACAGGACCACGUGUCUCCUGGGAACCUGAUUUUGAGUGUCUCGUACAACCAGGAACUGGUUCCCGUGAAACAGUGACUUUUUGUCUGGAGCCCUGGCUCCCAGUUUCGACACCAGAGCCCUCUUUGAAGUGCACAAGGGAUUUAUCUGCACACACACGUGGUACAUCCAGUAGAUCUGAGGGCCGGGGCGGCUGAGCGGGUUGGCAUGACAUGCUCGAUGAUGUGAGCAGCACUCACAACUGUCUGUUUCCCUUUGUUGGUUUCAAUCAUAAAAUUGUCAAGUGAUUUGUGUUUGUACAUUAUUUUUUUUAAUGCCUUCUAAAGUGAAACUAUUUUGCCUUUUUUUGUGCCCUGCGUAUCUGAACAUGAAGCAGAUUGUCUCGGAUACAAGGGAAAGAGUAAUCCAGAAGCUUCUGCGGGCUGUGAUCUCUGAGGCUCAGGGAGAUGGCCUGAGGGAGGGAGGGAGAGCAAUGGGCCGGUGGAUGGAGGUAGAAAAAAGACGAGAGACGGACUGAGUAGCAUUUAGCAGAGAGAGUGGAUAGCGUGGCAGUAUGCCGGGAUGCAACCCCCCAGCCCGCUGCCUGGCAGCCGGUGGGUGCAGCAGACUGUCACCGAGAUUUACAGCUCAAUGACACAGGCCUUGUGUGCUCCGAGCUGCAGAGCCGUGUAAGUUCAGCCGUGUGUGCGUGGCUUUCUUUGGGUUGGCGGGGAUUCAAGAUCGCGGAGCACCGCUGUCGUAGCCGAGGACGUGUUUGUUGCUGGCAGAGAAGCUUGACGCAGGCUCUUACCUCAGUGAUGGCUGCCUCCUGGUCCCAGGCCAGGGCUCAGAGUGGUGUGAUUAUCUAUUUAGGGACAAUGAGUCCAGAGAUGACAGUUAGCCAGGUCCCCUCAGAAUCAGCAGCAGCCUCCACAAGCCUGCUGGGAGACAGGACUCUCUCCAUCUCUGAUGUCCCCAUGGGCUCUGAUGACCCAACUGAGAGAUGACCUGGCUGAGGGGUAGCACGGUCCGCUAUUCAGACCUGUGCUCUGGGGCCCGCCUCCCCCACCAUCAGGCAUGGCCAUGCCUGCACCCUGACAGCCCCCGGGGAGCUGGCCCAGGGAUGACGGCCCCCACGCUAGGUCCCAUGGGCUGCCAUUUCAUUUUGAGUUAUAACUCUGUUUCCAACCUCGUGGAGACAGUUUUCUUCUCCGAGGACCAGACUGUCCCCUGAGUCUGCUGAAAACGGAGAGUGUACCUCAUAAGAAUUUUGCCCCAGGAGCCCGUGAUGCAGGUCGGCAUGUUCAUUGCAGUCAGUCCUGCGUAGACGUCAGGCCGGAGAUUAGAGCAGCGUUCCAGCUCUACCCAUCUCGGGCAGGAGGUGGGGGUGGGGGGAGCAAGGUUUAAAAUGUCAGCUUUAUAGGAAGAAAAAUUAUUAAAUUCUUAAUCCGGGAAAAUACUGACCCUGAAUCUUGGAUUCCAGGACCUUAACACGUUCCUUACGAAAGACAAAACAGUUGGCUUCUAAGGCUCUCUCCUUCCUUCUCCCAACUCCCUCAUUAAAAAAAACGUAUUAGAUUGCACUCUAUAAUUUUACAUAAAAUCUGCCUUUCAUGCUUUUCCCCUGGAAGGCAUUCUCAGAGCUUUAUUUCUUUGUGCCUCUCAAAAAUUAAACUUAUUGUUAAGUUACUUAAACCCUGGGACAAAGUAAGGCAUGGUAGGCAGGGAGGGGGCCUCUGUAUUUAAGGGCAUAAUGGGAAGGUGGCUUGAAGCAGGAACUCUGGCUUCUCAAGGUCGCAGGGGGGUCAUGGCCGCCCACGCACCCGCGUCAAGCUGAGUGAGGCCAUCGGCUUUCACCCUGUUCCCGCAAUAAGCCUUUGGGAUUUCACAACGGAGGCCUAUGAACUGCCUUGUGCCAAUGAAUGGACGUGUUUUCCCAAGGAGGGGAAAAUGUCCUUGACUUCAGUCACCUUUUUGUAUGUCCCUGCAAAGGGCCAGAAAGCUAUGGCAGAACAUGAGGAUUGUGGGUGAAUGGAUGUGUUGUUUCUUUGGUGACGAACUGUCGCACUCUAACCACGCGGCAUUUUCCAGGAGACUCUUGUACUGUAUCUGGGGUCCACUCUGAUCUCGAAAGAAGAAAAGGAGCUGAUAUUUAUUGCUUGUACUCACUCUGUGCCAGUCCUGCGCCGGGCCGUCUCAUAACCGUCUUGUAUAACCCGCACAGUCUCCCUGGGCAGGGAGCCCACUCCCCCUAUGUCCUGAGUAGCGUAUCUUCCGUGCAGAGUACACCUACCCAACCUAAAAGCCCAUGUUGAAAGAAGGAAAGGUGUCAUUCUAGUAUCUCCCCAGUUUUUUAAAUAUCACUCUGCCCUUUGCAACACUGUGAAAACAGCCCUAUGGGGCCACCUACCUUCCAGAAUCUCUCUUACACUCCUUGGCUGCUUGGUUUCCCCACCAGAGGGUUUUUCUUGCCUUCCCGUAUCUGAUGAGCUACACGCAACCCGGGAGAGGCUGCUGGCUACCGGGACAUCAGUGACCCCGAAGGAGAAGUAGGCACCUUUGCAAAUGCAGGCCCAUCUCUCUCCUGGGAACUUCUCUGGCAUCUGGAAAAGGAACCUGAUACUUCCUUGGUUGGAUUUCAGCUGCAGCCAGGACAGGCCCCUGCAUCUGUGGUUUCGUUUCCUGGCCCCCAAGGCUUGUUUUAUCACAGGCUGCACCUUUUUUAAGGUGAGCAGCCUUAACCUUGCAGAGAAGACUGGGAGAAUCUGAUCUCUAAAGAUGGAGGGAAGGCCUGGAGUAUUGACUUGAAAGCCUUCCUUGUAGGCCAGGGUUUGACAUCUCUUUUUGAUCUUUGAACAAGGCGGCGGUCUGCAUUUUCCAGGCUCGUGUAAGCACUGAAACUAGAUGUGAAUCUCAUUCGAGACCUUAAGUGUUUGAGAUAGUCCUGCGGUGACUUGGGUGUCAUUUAAAUGACUUGUCCCCAGCAAGAAGAGCCCAAGAAGUCUCCCGAGUUUCUCCCCUGGCUCCUAAACACCCGUCUUCUAAGGAAGAUGACUCACAUCUCCAUAGCAACCGUGAAAGGUGCUGCCUAGAGAGGACCCGCCCCCGCCCUCUCUUAUUUAGCUGGAAGGAAUCAAAAAGAAUUUCCCUGUGUAGAGGGGGGUUCCUGUGACCAGUUUUCCUCUGAAAACUGUCCCCAGGGUUCUGCCUCUAACCCGGUGGCUGUCGGGUUCAUUCACCAUAAUGUGGGAAAUGGCUCUUCUCUCUGGGAAGCCAGAGAAAUUGCUUUAAUUCAGUAAGACUCACCCCUAAACCGAAGGCCUCAUUCCAAUACUGUCUUUCCUCCCUUCUUCCCUUUCCAGGGGUUAUUUUUAGCUCAAGGCUUUGAACUUGAUUGAGUAACACUUCGAGGCAGUAAAAAGAACACCAUAAACUCAGCCAGAACUGCCUGAGGGUCCCUAGGGUUAAAAAUAGCUCCGGAGCCUUGGGGGGCCACUUGGCCUAGACCCAGAAGUGAGAGAACAGCCUUGGGUUUCUUGACAUUUCGGUCCAAACCUUCAGGGGCUGCUCUGGGAAGUUUCGCAAUAGACUGCAAACCAGCUUUUCUGUUCAAAGCGAGAUGCAAAUUCCCUUUUAAAAAAUUGUAUCUAAUUUUCUGGAGCAGAACCAGGCAGCUGUCGUAUUAGGACUCUAAAUUUGGAUCUAUAUCCUGAACACACACGCACACACAGGGUACAUGGAAGAAGAAAAUAUAACUACUUUAUCACCGAAAUAGUUCAAGGAAGAGCUGUGUUGCUGCCCUUUCCUAAUCCCUACAGUAAUGUCUAGGAGCAUAUUAGUCAACCAUAGUCAUACCAAAAUGGGCAAAGCUAGGGGUCAUUCUCGAGAAAGUCUGAGUCAGACUUGUGCAGGAGAGCAGAGGUGUGCCACCCAUCUUGCCUGUGCCCUGCUUUCCCAGCCUGCCCUGUCACGAGCAGGACUGCCUCACCAGGGCCUCCAGCCUGGACACCACGGCUGGCAGCCCUGCCCUCCCCCCAGGCACGUAGGGGACAGGCCCCCCGCCAGGCUACCUGCCGGCUCCAGCUCUAUGCAGCCACGGCUGUUUCCUGCACUGUCUGGCUCCUCCAGUGUGGCCUUCACUGUGGCAUCCCAGCAGCUCCGCUGGGACGGAUGCUCCGGCACCUGUGUGUGGAGUUAGGGCCCCUUCAUGGGGGUUGUCCCAGACACAGCCUGCUUAGCGUUGCCUUCCUGGGGGGCAAGGACACAUUCAUUCAACUUCCAGGGCGCCCUGGUGUACUGCCGGAACCGAGUCACCGCCAGCAAUACACAGCUGACCCAAAUACGGCCCCCGCCCCCCAGGAAGCCUGCCGCUGGUCCCAGAGACAGUGUGGGCAGUACCACCGGAGGGAUGAGUGCUGGGUGCUGUGAGAGCAUCUCACCAGGUGGCCGAGUAGCUUUGGGGAUCGGGAGCCUGCCUCACGGAGGGGAGGUCAACCCCCAGGAUUGUCAGAGGACUUACAGAGAGUGCUACAAAUGGCCUCACAGGCUGAGGGGACAGGAUGGGACUCACCAAAGGAGAAACAGUGUGGCCUGGGGCCUGCGUGCAGUCAAGCAGCUGGAGGAGGGAGAGAGAGGAGGAGGCCGGGGCCGCUGGCCACCCAUCCCAGAGGGCCCCGUGGACUCUGCUGGUCCCUCGGGGGCAUGAAGAAGACCUGUAGGUAGUACUCUGCCCUCUGAAGCAGAGGUCACCCAGAGAGGUCGGUGUGGGCAGCGCAGGACCAGUUUCCCCUCCUUGUUGUGGAACCGCCCACUUCUUGCUGAGAUGAGUUAUUCCCUGGGAGCCCCCACUCCAACCACUUGUCCUCUCUCCAAAAGCUGUUUGGAUUCAAGGGCUGUAAUCUGGACCGGGGCUGAGUUAGGGACCCGAGGGACAGCUCUGGGUCACCCUGACCUGUUUCUAGAGCCACCAAGGCUAAAAUCACCUCUUGGUAGCAGGCUGGCUUAGACAUGGGGGUGAGGGUGCACCCUCAGAUGAAUACAUGGGAGGCAGCAGAGGGCUCCUCCGCUUACUGUGUGACGCCUCCAUUCAUUCCACCGAAAGGCAGCUGCACUUGGACAAUUGGACACUUGGACAGCCUCCCCCGGGUUCAGUCACACCUGGUGGCCAGGCCUGUGCUGUGUCUAGAGCGUGCACUUGAGUCCCACCAAAGAAGGAGAUAUGAAAAAAGUCAAGCACAAACGGACUGCAUGCACAUGGGAAAUACCAGGAAGCCUGGACAGCCGCCAUGGACCUCGUGGGGACAGGGAGGUCACCGGAGCUCCGAGCCCUGCGUUCUUAGGGCCCGAGGCAGGGAAGGCCCAGAGACCAGGGGGGUCUCUGUGGAGACAACUCGCAGUGCCUUUAAGGUUUUCCAAAGAACCUGUUCACUCACACCCCUCACCAGACGAAUAAUUAGAAACUUAAUGAAGAGCCGAAACGAAUUAGAUACACUGAAAGACCAGCUGUGGUGCAUCGUGGUUUCUAGAAACUGGAGAAAAGCCUCAAACAAGUGACCUAAUUUCCCGGAGAGGUUGGAGGAAUCUGGGGCUGAAGACAGUUUUCCCAGCUGAGUGGCUCAGGGAUCCCCAAGGGCCCUGAAUGCUCCUGAGGGCCGACCCCUUUAGCGUGAGCCCCACGCCGGCCCCCGGGGUGCAGCCUGGCCCACUCAACAGCAACACCAGCCUCUGGACCCUUGGGAAGAUGGGAGCUCAAACACCCACUCGUUUCCCAGACAUUCUUUCGGCUCCUCGCUGAGGAAUUUCCAAUUCCAUGUCUUGUGGUUCACCCACGAAGAUCCCAGAAGCAUAAGCGUUUUGAUUAGAAUUUGACCUGUGUUUCGAGGUGCUAGAAACCUACAGAACACUUGGCCCCACACACACACCUACUUUAGAAUUAAGGCCCCAGAAGGUCCCCUUGGAGGGGCUGGCAGGGGUGGUCAUAGAACGUGAGCAGCCAGGCUUGCCUUAGGCACCCUCUCCUCCUUGUUUGCCGCAUCUAAUCUCCACCCCCUCACCCGGAAGAGAGAAAAAGGGCUGCCCCUCCUCGAUGGCUGCAGGUUCACUUUUUUCUUUAAAGGGACGUUGUGUCUUAUGGAGAAGGCCCUUCGGGUUGUGCUGUUCUGGCAGCGGGGUGAAGAGGUGCCAGCUCUCGGUCAGGCCUGAGUGGCCCUGGGCUGGCAGCUCCUCUGAGCGCCUGUGAGGCCUCGGUGGUGGGCAUGGAGCCCUGCAGGGCGGCCCCCCCCAGCACUCCCGUCAGCAAACACUAGGUUUACUGACAUAGAAGGCCUAUGUUCACGUACCUCUGUACCAAUAUAUUAGGCACAUGAUAAAAAGUACACAACAUAGAAAUUUUAAAAGAAUAAGAUACAAAAUAUUAUAGUCAGAGGUUCUGGUAUUUUUCUCUCUGGACCCCCGAGGGGGGACCUUGGGGACCCCUUUGUAUGUGCACACCCAAUUUGGACACCACUGUUUUCAGAGCGAAUCGGCACAUCUUGAUGGCACCCACUGCAAAUCACCCUGCAGGCACUGGGCCUGCAGAAUGGGGAGGUCUCAGGGCGAAAUCUCCAAGCCGACUGGCGAACAGCAUAAAUUGACAUGGAACACCCCCCUAAGCAGUAGCGACUAUGGGUGCUAAGGAAAGAUCAGGGACAAUGGGUGGGGCCACGGGGCUGCUCAUCUCCCCUCUGUGGGUCUCGGGAGAAAGGCAUCUGGCAAUAUCUUCCCCUCUCAUGAUCGGAAUUCUCUGAACCCUCAACAUGCGUUGGCAGUACCUUCCCCAGAGCAACAGGGGGUUCACGUCGCUUGAAUAUUAUUUUUGAUUUGGCCACCAAGCUGUCAUGAUGAUUCUGUUCCAUUUUUGAGAAGGGUCUGAGAAAGUGUACAGGUCUAAUUAUAUAUACAUAUUUAUACACGUGUAUUUUUGUUUAUUGUUACAUUUGGACAUUGGACUUUCUAUUAAAUAAUUUUUAACAGUUGA